ACACCGCUGUUGCUUUUUUACCUGCCGUUCCCACAUCCAGCGGAACUUGUCCUUGUUUCGGAUAUGCAUGUGGUUGUAUUCGAACUGUUAUGUAAUUUCAGAAAAAGAAUUUCUUUCAAAGUGUGAUUUCGUUCCCAUGUAUUGAUAUUCUAUAAUGGUAGAUGAUUACUGAUUUCGAAUUUCCUUGUGGAUAUUUAAUCUUCGGAUGCAUCGAUGCCUCCAUUAAGUGGCAGAAGAAAUAUGCAUUGGAAUUCUAGAGUAUUCAAUAACGGAUUCCAUGCGUAGUUUCCUUAUUUUGAUUCACUUGUAGAAUGUUGAAAUUUAAUUGUGGAGUGCUAUGAUUAGUAUUGAAGAGAGUGGGAUUGCUUGUAAACAGAAUGGGAAUGCAGUAGAGAAGGUGAAACUAGAGAAAGUACUUGGCCUAACUGUUACUAAUAAUGCUGCUUUUGACUGUGAUCCUAACUCUGGUAUUGUUGCAUAUCCUGCUGGUUGUGUUGUUGUUGUGUAUAAUGUUAGAAAAAAUAAGCAAGGUCAUAUACUCAGUUCCUCCAAAAAAACUAUCACUUCUCUUGCAUUUUCAUCUGAUGGGAAAUAUCUGGCAACUGGAGAGUGUGGUCAUCAACCUCAUGUUCGGGUGUGGGAUGUUCAGGAGAAGAUUCAAAUAGCUGAAUUCCAAGGACAUAAAUAUGGCAUAAAUUGUGUUGCCUUUUCUCCUAAUCUCAAAUACGUUGUAUCUGUUGGGUCACAGCAUGAUAUGAUAGUAAAUGUAUGGGAUUGGAAAAAUAAUGUUAAAGUUGCUUCUAAUAAAGUUUCCUGUAAAGUCAAAGCUCUUUCAUUUGCAUCAAAUGGAAAUUAUUUUGUUACUGUAGGAAACAGACAUGUCAAAUUUUGGUACUUAGAAUAUUCUCGCUCUGCCAAAUAUAAGCAUGAACCUGUGCCAUUAAUGGGCCGAUCUGCUAUUCUUGGGGAUCAGCGAAACAACUAUUUCUGUGAUGUUGCUUGUGGGAAAGGUGAUAUGGUAGAAAGUACAUAUGCCAUUACUAAAUCUGGUCUUCUAUGCGAGUUUAACAGUCGCCGUCUUCUAGAUAAAUGGGUUGAACUUCGGACAACAAGUGCUAACAGUAUAUCAGUUAGUGAAAAUUUGAUAAUUAUUGGUUGUGCAGAAGGUGUCAUAAGAUGCUUUAGUCCAUUUGAUCUCAAUUUUAUAUCUACAUUACCAAGGCCUCAUGUUUUGGGUGUUAAUGUUGCAAAUGGAUUGAUUGGAAGUAAAGCUGUUGUGUCUCAUUUAUCAAAUGCCAAAUAUCCUGAUACUAUUGCCAUUGCUUUGGAUGAGAUACAUAAAAAGGUUACUUGUGUAUAUAAUGAUCAUAGCCUUUAUGUCUGGGACAUUAAAGAUGUUAAAAAAGUUGGAAAAUCUCAUUCAUACCUAUAUCAUAGUGCUUGCAUAUGGGGAAUCGAGGUAUAUCCAGAAAUGCAUGAAAAUGCAAAAAAUAUAUUACCUAAAGGAACAUUUUUGACAUGUUCGAGUGAUGAUACUAUUCGUUUUUGGAAUCUAGAAGUUUCCAUGGAAGAAGAUACUAAUUAUCAUAGGAAUAUAUAUAGUUCUGAACUGCUCAAAAUCUUAUAUGUUGAUCCUGAGCUUUCUUAUUUAUGUGAUACUGAUUUAAAUUCAAGUGGUAGUAAUGACAAAGUUGAUACAACUUAUGAUGGAAAGAAUGGUGUACGAUGUUUACGAAUAAGUCCAGAUGGGAGAAGCUUAGCCUCUGGUGAUCGUUCUGGGAACAUCAGAAUCCAUGAUUUGGAAUUUGUGGAAGAAACGUGCAAGAUUGAAGCUCAUGAUUCAGAAGUUUUAUGCCUUGAAUAUUCUAAGCCCAUUACAGUUGCAGGACAAGAAAAGAGGUAUCUUGCUUCUGCUAGUAGAGAUAGAUUGAUACAUGUGUUUGAUGUUAAUCAGGAUCACACGUUUCAACAGACAUUAGAUGACCAUUCUUCUUCUAUAACAGCUGUUCGUUUUGUUCAAAGUGAAGAUUCUCUUCAGAUGAUUUCAUGUGGUGCUGAUAAAUCUAUUAUUUUUAGAAAAGCAACAUUUAAUCCUGAGCUUUCACUUUUAAGAGAACAUCAUGUUGUUGGAAAAACAACUUUAUAUGAUAUGGAAGUUGAUUCUCAGCAGAAAAAUAUUUUAACAGCGUGUCAAGAUCGGAACAUUCGAGCAUAUUCUGUAUCAAAUGGGAAACAAAUUCGCUGCUUCCGUGGUUCUCAAGGUGAAGAUGGAACAUUAAUUAAGGUUGUUUUAGAUCCCUCAGGAACUUAUUUAGCUACAAGUUGUACAGAUAAGAGCUUAUAUUUAUAUGAUUAUAUCAGUGGAGAAUGCCUUGCUACAAUGUUUGGACAUUCAGAGCUUGUUACUGGUUUAAAGUUUUCUAAUGAUGGGAGACAUCUCAUUUCUGUUUCAGGAGAUGGAUGCAUUUUCAUGUGGAAAUUGCCUAUAGAUGUUACCCAAACAAUGUUAAGUAAGCAAGUGCUCAUUGAGAGACAUGGCUUACCCAGCUUAUGGCAAGAUAACAGGAAAACUGCUGUAGGCAUAACAAAACCUCUACAGUUACUUGAAAACAAUGAAGAUGACAAACCAGAUGAUGAUUUGGAUCUAGUCAAUCAUAAUAAUGAAACUGGUGCUGAAACUUCACCAGUUGGUUAUAGAUUUAGCAUUGGACAGUUACCACUGUGGGCCAAAAAACAGAUGCUAGAAAAACUACCAGAAGGAACUACAAAUCAAAAUCUUCCACCACCUAUACCUCCAAGAGGUAGAUGGGCUCAAAGAAUCGAUGGACAAGGAUUAGUUGUACGAUCUUACUUGGAUUCGGAUUCUGUUAUUCCAUUUCCUAAUCCUGCAGAUGAAGUCCAAAGCUCAAAUUUGAAACAGGAAAGUGUGGAUGCUGAGCAACAUGAAUAUAGUAGUAGUAUAUCUGUAAAGGAAACAAAAGGCACAUUUGAAGUGUGUCAAGAAAGUCUUAAAGAGAUUUUGAAUGGAACUAUCACUGAGGAAGUCAAUGGUAGUAUUACAAUGCAUCAAACUAUUAGUAGUUUGUCAAGUUCAAGUAAUAGAAGAACAAAAAUACGACCACUAGCCAGCAGUACUAGGUUAGAUGACUUGGAUGCAGAGGAUGAAAGAUCUGAUUCUGAAGUGAGCGAAAUGGUAUAUUAUCCUGCAUCUGAAGAUGGGUCAGAUGCUGCUGAUGUAUCAUUCCAUGUAUGUGCAAAUAAUGAGAACAAUUCCAAAGAUGCUGUAAGUCAUUUAAAGAAAGCUAAAUUGGAAAGAAUACCAACAAUAAACACUCCAGAACAUGAAACUAAUAGUGAUGAUGAAGAACCAAAUACUCCAGUUGAAAGUGACCGUUCUUUCCUUAGUUCUCUAUGUAUUAGCACUGAAAAUCUAGAAAGGCUUGGGCAGAGAGAAAAGUUUAUGAAAAGCAACUAUGAAAGCUUGGAAAAAAGCGAUUCUGUUGAAUCCCAUCCCAACAAUAAUGAUUUGGCUGAUAAAAAUUUUUACCGGCAAAGCUUAUCUGCUAAAUUUUUGGCUGGUUCCAUGCCAUUAAAAAGAUCAUUAGUUAAUGGAGCAUCUAAGCCUAUGGGAGGACUUGAUAGACAGAUGGCUCAGACAAAGAAAAGGGAAGAACUUCUAAAAGCUCUGAAUGAUGCUAAGAAGACAUUAGAAACUGUGAGAAGCAGAAGUGGUUUGAGUAGCAGUAAAAGUAUAGCAGAUCUGCAUAGUACUCCAGAUCGAGAAAUUUUCAAAUCACCUCGGUAUAGAUCCCCAGGUGAUAUUCGUAAAGCAGCUUCAAUGACAGAUUUGUCUGGUAAUAAUUCUAGUAGAAGUAGUUUAUUUUCACCUCCACCUAGAAAUGAAUCUGAAAGUCCUGCGCCAUUAUGGAACCAAACUAAAAUUUAUCCUAUAGACACUUCACCUCCAGAGUCCCCUAAAUUGAAGGCAUCUAUGAACUUGCAACAGAAUCAUAUUAGAAAAGAGCAAUCACCUGAAUUGGAUCAUGUUUCUAGAAGCAAUAGCUCAACUUCACUUUACUCAAAGAAUCAAAAUGCUUCCAAUAGUACUCUUUACAAAACUACUUCCAGUUAUGCUCUAGAUAGGGCAUCUCCAAUUCGUACUGGCUUUAAUUCUAGUUUCUCUCUUCCAAGAAAUACCCCAAGCCCAAUUGGACGAUCAAACCUACCAUCUUUGCCCUCAAAGAACCAAACACCUUCAAUAACAACUGCUGCUCUUGCUACAGAUUCUUCUUCUGAUUCAUCUCCUUCUGAUGCAACUCCUGUAAAAAGUAGUCGACCAGUUGUGACACCUCGGCCAGUUCCUUUGCGACAGAGAUUUAAUAGUUUAAGUGAGAAUGUUGACCCUGCUAAUUUUAAAACAUCACUAGAAAAUUCUAGUGAUAAUCUGCAGAAACUUCGUCUAAAAUCUCAUAGUGAAUGGGAUUUAAAAAAUAGUUCUAUGGAAGAGACAUUCAAAAGUAAAGGUUCAUGGCAGAGUAGUCGAUACUUGUCAUAUUCUCCGCGCAAGAGUCACAUACGACCUCUGAAAUUGAAUCAUAGUGGAUCUAUGAGUUCUGUUCCUUUAAGCUCCAAUAAUUCAGAUGAUAGAAAAGAUUUUAAUGUUUCAGAUCAAAUUCCUUUCUUAUCCUGGGACCCAAGUUCAGUGCCAUUGACACCAGAUCUAUGUGAUAAUAUAGCAGAUAGUUUAGCUAGAAUUACUUCAUUUGCUACACAAGUAUAUCAGCGAUUAACAAUAAGCACAGAUCUUCCACCUGAAGAAAAGUCUGCCAUGACUAACACUCUUGCUCAAGGUGUUUGGCAAGCACAACAAAUUCUCCGCCCAGCAGUUCCUCCCUCUCAACCAUGGUUAAGCUCAAGUGAACAUUCAUUUGAUUCCAGGCGGCUUCCAGGAUUAGGAGUUCCCUUUUCUAAUGGCAAUCUACAUGAUCCUUCAUUACAGAGGCUUCCUCCUCAUAGCAUGUCCCAUCCUGAUGGCAUAAAUACAAUGGCUCUGCUUGAACAGUUUUCUAAUAAACUAUUGAGCCUUGUUGAACAGAAAAUGUCAAAUAGUCAAGAUAAGCCAAAUAAUUAGUUGUGUUGUGAAAAAGUCAGAGUGAGAGAGAGAGAAUGUGUUUUCUGAUGAGUAUGUGAAAUUUGAUUAUGUAAAUUUUUAUACAGCUGUUUGUUCAGAUUCAUGUAUUGUGUUUAGUUUUGGAUUUUGUGUGGUCACCUUUUUGUUUUUAAAAAAAGGGAUACAAUUAUAUUUUUAAAGGAUGAAUCUUUAUGUAUUCCUUAGGAAGCAAAGACAUUCCACUUAUAUAGAUCAUAUCUUCCAGUUCUUAAUAUUUUUAAUUCAUUGUUUCUAGUAGUUACAAAAAAAAAAAAAAAAAUCAAAGUCAUAGAAAAUGAUGAAUUUUAAAGAGUAUGCUCAUUUUGACUAUGAAAUCAUUAAUUAAAAAUAAUGUUGUUUUUACUAAUGACUUCAUAGUAAUUGUGCUCAUACCAUGUUCUGUUCUAAAAGGUGCUCUUAUCUGUUGACGUUGUUAUUUUUACAUGAUGGUAGCUUUAAAAGAAAAUUCUUUUUGUGUAUUUUAUUUAAAAAAUUCUGUAUGUGCAAUCUCCUACAAAAUUGCUGAUAUUGUUGAAUAUUCCAUAAUUUUUUUCAUUCCUUUUCAUUUAUAUCUUAUAAAUGAAAUGAAUUUGUUUUCAUUUCUUAUGACAAAUGUAUUAAAAAAAUUACUUGCAUACUUAUGAUGAAUUAUUGCUUUGUUUGAAUGAAUGUUAUAUAAAUUAUAAUAUUUUUAUUAUCAAUAACAUACUUUGUAGACAUAUUUAUUGAAUUCAUUCCUGUAUUCUCACUACUCAAAAUGCCAUUUUUGCUUUUACAAGAAAUUUAGAAAAUAAAUUAUUUCUGGAAUAAAAGAUUAAAUGCAUAGCAUUGUUGUAAAAAAA